CUCCAGAGCCUGCCGCGCACGCGGCGCGCGCCAGGCGCCCCGGGCGGUUUGGCAGGCCCCCCCGUGCGUGGCCAAGGGGCCAUCAUGAGGGCGGCAGUCGUGGCCGCGGCCGCGGGCGUCGCCGCGCUCGGGAAGGCGGCCGUGCCCGUGGAGGCGGCCGACCCGGGCGCGCCCUGGCGCAGGCUGAUCGGCGAGGCCACGCGGGCCGCGACGACGUCGUCGACGCGCACGGCCACGACGACGGCGGCCGAGUGCCAGCCGGCGCGGCACCUCAUGGACACGUUCACGAGGGAGGCGUUCCCGGCCAGCCUCGGGAGCUGCGCCCUCGUAGGCUCGGGCGGGGCCCUGAAGGGCAGGGGCAUCGGCGGCGAGAUCAACGCGCACGACACCUUCGUUUGUGCUUCUGCGGUCCGCGUGAACCGCGUCCCUUCGGAGCCCUACUACUCCGACCUCGGCAGCAAGACCAACGUGUUCUACUCCAACUCUGCCACAGACACGUACCCGUCGGGGGAGCUCGGCGUUUGGAUCACGAAGAUCAGGGAGGGCAAUUCCAUCGGAGAGAAGAUGUAUUGCCCGUUCCAGCGCAACGCCUCCUCAGGCAACUGUCCUUUCGAGCACUUGGUUGUGGCACGGUCGACGAAGUACGGAAGCGACAGGAGGGGAUCCAGAUUGGCGAUAAGAUCAACAUGCCGUUCAGGAUCCCAGAUUACUUGCAACCUCCUUUCGAUGUAUCGCAUCCUUCGUUGGCGUUGGAGACAUUCUACUGGAAUUCCGCCCCGAUGCAGGGCUACUACACCUCCGGCGGCCUGAAGGCGUUCUUCACGGUCGCUCCGCUGUGCGACUCGGUCACGCUCUACGGCUUCGCCGGCAGCGGGAACAUCGAUAACCACACCAUCGACACCGUUCACAGCUUCGACACCGAGCACCAGUGGCUCCACCGCAUCGCUGUGGGCGACGCGCGCGACUCCGACUUCAGUGCCGUCGGCGCCAAGGACUGGCUGUUCCAGAACGGCCUCGACGACUCCGUCAUGGAGGAUCGACGAACAGAACUGCCGACGGUCAUCAAGGGCCUGCAGGACCGCCUGAGGUGCCUCGGCGAGCGGGGCAAGAUCCGCAUCGACGGAUGGACCUCGCCCGCCAGCGAGGAGCUUCAGGGGCUGAUGGCCGUCGCGGAGAGCCGCGCAGAUGCCGGAGAGCGGCGCGCCGCGCCGCGCUUCCCGCGCGCCGAGGGGCGCCGUGGAGCGCGCCGGUGGCCGGCGGCUUCGCGCUGCUCGCGCUGCUCGCGGCGGUGGCCGGCGGGCGGCGGCGCCAGGCCGCCCGGGGCGCGGCGGCCUCCUGGAGCUACAGCGAGGGGGCCACCUCCGGCUCGCUGCUGUAGGC